AUGGCAUUAGCAGCAACUCCUCCACACACUUCACUCUUCUUUCUACUCCAUCUCUGCCUCUUGCUCCCCCCUGCAGCUGCAAUCACUUUCCAGAAAAAAAAUUUCGACCCAAACGACGCCUCCAUUCUCUACUGCGGAGGAGCCAGAGCAAGCUCCGGCACCGUCAAAUUGACCAGUGCCCACUACGGGAUCGAAGACAGCCACGUCACCUACGCCGAAGACGUCCCCCUCUGGAGCUCCGCCACCGGGGAACUCUCCGAUUUCAACACCCGCUUCUCAUUCUCCAUCGACGCCGAGAGCGCCUACCCAUCGGGAAUCGCCUUCUUCCUCGCACCCCUAGGGUUCCAGCCACCUGAAAAUUCCGCCGGCGGGUACAUGGGUCUCUACAACUACACCGACAGGGUUCAUCCCCCGGCUGGGAAACAGCUGGUUCAUGUAGAAUUUGAUUGCUUCCUGAAUGGUUGGGAUCCCCCGUUCCGUCACGUCGGAAUCAACAACAAUUCGCUUGCUUCCAUGGUGGUCGCCCCUUGGAAUUCCAGUUCGCCGCCUGGCGGUACGGUCAUGGUUGAUAUCAACUAUACUGCCAGUACCCACAAUCUCACUGUGGUGUGGGAGUGUGAGAAUGGUUCGAAUUCGAGUCUUUGGUAUGUAAUUGAUCUCAGGGAGGUUCUUCCGGAGUGGGUGAGGAUAGGGUUUUCGGCGACCAACAAUGAUUAUUCAGGUGAGCAGGAGCUUCUAUCGUGGGAUUUCUAUUCCGAUCUGCAGAUGAAGAAUACAGAUCGGGAAAGAAAUUCCGUGAACAGGAAAUUGAUAGGCAUUGUUCUAGUUCUGGCAGGCAUUGCCAUAGCUGCCAAAUUGGCUGCAUUUGUCUUUCUGCAGGUGCGUAGAAAGAGGGGAAGAGCUCACAAGGGGAUGAAUUCAUUGUCCAUGACUGAUGAAUUCUCGAGAUGUUCAGGUCCCAGGAAGUUCACUCACACUGAUCUUGUAUCAGCUACCAACAAUUUUUCGCCGGAUAGGAAACUGGGGGAAGGUGGGUCUGGAGCUGUUUAUAGAGGGUGUCUUAGAGAUUAUUCAGAUACGGCAGUUGCUGUCAAGAGGAUAUCCAGGGAUUCCAAACAAGGGAUCAAGGAGUACACGACUGAAGUCAUGAUCAUUAGCCGUCUGAGGCAUCGAAAUAUUGUUCCACUGAUCGGUUGGUGCCACGAAAAGGGCGAGCUCUUGCUUGUUUAUCAGUUCAUGCCAAAGGGUAGCCUUGAUUCUCACCUCUUUGGUGAGAAUACUCCUCUCCUGUGGCCUCAAAGAUACAGCAUAGCUAUGGGGCUGGCUUCCUCCUUGCUCUACCUUCAUGAGGAAUGGGAGCAAUGUGUGGUCCAUCGCGACAUCAAAGCAGCUAAUGUCAUGCUGGAUUCGGGAUUCAACGUCAAGCUUGGGGAUUUCGGGCUGGCUCGAUUGAUCGAUCACGAGCUACGCCCUCGAACCACCAAGUUGGCUGGAACCAUUGGGUACAUGUCGCCUGAGUACAUCAGCACCGGAAGGGCUAGCAAGGAAUCGGAUGUGUAUAGCUUCGGGGUGGUUUGUCUGGAGAUUGCUACUGGAAGGAGGGUUGUUGAUUACAUUGAGGAUGGAUUGGAAAUGAGCUUGGUGGAAUGGGUUUGGGAACUGUAUGGGAAUGGGAAUCACAGUGUCGCCAUUGACAAGAGGCUGGUGGAUUUCGACGAGAGGGAAGUCGAAUGCUUGAUCGUUGUGGGGUUGUGGUGUGCUCAUCCUGAUUCCUGCCAGAGGGCGUCGAUCCGGCAGGCGAUUCAGGUUCUGAAAUUUGAGCUGCCAUUUCCAUGUCUUCCUGAGAAGAGACCGUUCCCUGUGUUUCAUGUGCAUAGGCCAGCAGAGAGUGAAGGUUCUGACGAACCUUUGUUAUCACAUUCGAGUACUGAAUGUGAUAGCAGUUAA